CGUGGGGCUGGUUUAAAUUGUCAUUUCAAAAUGUUUUAAUUCCUGGUCCGAUGUGUAGAAAGUGUUCUUUCUUUUGCCUUGAGUUAUUUCUUCAGCCAGAUGGUAAACACAAAGCUGAUUGUUAGUUGAUGUGUUUCAACUCCCUGUUGGCCCAUGCACAGGGAGGACAGCAUAUGGGACUUGUGGGAGGAGAUUCCGGAGAAAUAAGGAUUGACAUCGUGCCCGGUUUUACUCUCUUUGUAAUUUGAAUUUGGUGUAAUUUAACUUUUUCUCCACUGUGGAACCAAAUCCCAAUCUGGACCAGGGAAGCGUUUGGAUUUACCAAGAAGGACGAUGGGGUAUUCUGGAUGAAGUUCGAUGACUUCUGUAAAAAGUUUGCAACUGUCACCGUUUUGACUCUGGGGCCUGAUUUUGAUGGUGAUGGAGGCGCAGAUGCUGGCACCUUGCAGAAGGUGAAGGGUCAGUGGGUAACUGGAAGUAAUGCAGGUGGAUGCAGAAAUAAUAUGAUUAAGUAUAGCUGCAACCCCCAGUAUCCUAUCACUAUCAUUGUUCCAGAAGCAGAUGAUCUUUCAAGCAGCGAUGAAGACCAUGCAGAUGAGGCAUGCUCUGUUCUGAUAUCUUUAAUUCAGAAUUAUCGAAGGAUGGACAGGAAGCUUGGCAUCUCAAUGAAUCCUAUUGGGAUCCAAAUCUACAAGUCUUAUGAUCCACAGAUGGUUCUAACUGCAGAGCAUUUUACACGUCAUAAAAGGGUUUUGGAUUCAGGAGCCUAUGUGGCCCAGAGAAGUGUAAACCUCCGUAGCAAACUUACCCAAGGACACUAUGUAAUCAUUCCAAGUACCUUUGCACCAGACACUGAUGGAGCAUUUAUGCUACGCAUAUUCACUGACACUCCAAUUCAGUUUCAUCAGGGAUUCAAUCUUGUAACAGAAGGAAUAGAUUGAGCUUCAAUAGCAUCUGUGAAGCUUUUCCAGCACAGCACUAACAGGAAGAGGAAGGGAAGAUUCUGCUGAUGGGUGAUACAGCCAACAACAGGGGUUCAGUCUGAUGUGUGUAUAUGGUACAAGUACAUAGAGGGAUUGAACAAUUUUAUGCAUGUGUCAAGUACAGUUGUAUACAGGAGGUGCAAGCAACAGGAUGAGAUAAGUCAUUAACAGGAGCUUUAAAUUUUGCAUUUAGUUUUCAACAAUCUCAUUGAGCCUUUCUUCCCAAGAACUCAAUGUGGUUGUUACAUAUAAGCUGCAUAUAAGCUGCCUAUAUAUCAACACUGUCCUUAAUUACACACUCAUUUAUUUUCCUAUUUAGUGCUUUGGUGAGGACCUGUGUUUUAUUAAGAAAAAUAACAAACAUUAUUUUUACAUUAUGAUCCUGAUCAGAAUCUAAGACUAGCUAUUUUAAUCUGUGGAGAGGUCACAUUAUUACAUUUAUAAUCUUGGUCUGGAAAAUUCCCAAUAUUGCCUAUGAUAUCACUUGCCACAGCAAGUAGCAAUUUUUGAGUUUAA